CUUUGACGGCUCCUUCGGGCAAAAACCGAUGAGAAAGUAUAAAAUGAAUUAAAACUUCGGCAGGUUUCUAUUUGUGCUUUUUUCCCCACUUUUUUUUUGCUAUAUCCAAUUAAGUUUGCCCUGUGAACUAGAAGCCUCAUCUACAGUGAUCGUCUCAUAGUCAACAUUGUAAAUAGAAGCCUUACACUACAAUAAUCGAAAUCCUUCAAGCGCCAAUUUCAAGCAGUUGUAUUUCAGGGCAAAAAAAAGCAAAAUCAAAAAAAUAAAAGACCGGUCAUAGAUACCAACAAAAUAUUGUUUAUGACGACUGAAGACAUUCCAAAAGAAGAAACAAGAGUAGACGGUGUUGAUAAAUCUGUACGUGUUCCUUUCGAUACCUCAUCAGCAAAAACAGGGUCAACGUAUCGACUAUACAAUCUACUGCCUGUCAAUAAUAGUACAAAUGGCCCCAAUCCGCAGUAUGUAAUUUGUGAGGCUUAUCAUGAUAUGCAACAAUAUGAUCAUUAUCGAGAAGUUUAUCAUUAUAAUAAAACAAUACCACCGUUAGUUGAAUAUAUGCCCCAAGAAGAGAUAGUUGUGAAACAAAGAAAAAAGAGUAGUAUAAAAGAAGACCAAAAUGAUGCUACUCGAGACGAACCGAAAGAAAAGCUCAAUGACAAUGACGAUAAUAACGAUGAGGGUGGCAUCGAUUCAUAUCUAACUUUUGAUGAUACAGAUGAUAUGGAUUUUGAUGAAAUGACGAAAAAACUGGAGAAAACUGCAGACGGAUUGGCAAACAAUGAUACUACUAUUGCAUCCACUACAUUUCUACCAUCUGCAGUAGUAUCGAACAAAAAGGAAAGCGAGAGUGUUGAUACAAAGGUACAUCACUUGAAAAUCGGUAAGAAGGCUGGAAUGAUAUUGGUUCAUACGGACAAAGCUGAGAGUGGAGGAGAAGCAUCAGUUAAGAAUAGGGGGAAAAUAGAAAAUGAUAAAGCUGACAAUAAACAGACAGAGCCUACGACCGUUGUCAAUACAGAAAUAGAUACUGGCCAAAGGAACAGUAACGACAGCCUUCGAGGGGAAGAUGACGACGACAAAGUAUCUGCUCGUGAUCAAAAGUCCACUGCAAAGAGUGAAGCAGAAAUGGCUAUAAGAGAACCCAUUGUGGCUAUUGCAGAGACUAGUAUGUUUUCGAGAAGCGGGCGAAGAAUUCGCAAGCCAGUUCUUCUAACCUCCCCGUCCUCUCCCCCGCAGUUACCUCCUGGGCCAAAAUCCGCAAAGCGAAAAGCAGCACUGAAGGAAAGAUUAAGAAAACAAAAGCGGAAGCUCGAAGAACAGAUCAAGCUCAAGAAAGAAGCGAAACUUCGUGAAAAGCCACAUGUUCGUACGCCAUCAAUGACAGCCAGAUUUCCACCAUUACCACCAUUACCACCACCACAACACCAACCACAACACCAACCACAACAAUGGCCAACCUAUCCACAACCAUCCUAUCCUCCUUUACAGCAUACAUCUUUUGGACCGUCCACCAUGGUUCCGCAACAACCACCAUCCUAUAGGAAGAGUUCGUACUAUGGUCAAAUGAUGGGGCCUCCACCCGUGGGUAUGUAUCAUACGAUGUCGCAAGCACCACCGCCUUCUACAUCCUAUCUUCAUCCUUAUCCUUCUCCCGUACCCUCUGCCCCACUACCAAUGCCAAUGCCCGUCCCGUAUGGUAAUGUAUCUUACUCUGCUUCUUCCCAACCACCACGUACGCCAUCCAUGUCCUCCUCCUCCUCCUCAUCGAUAUUACCAGGUCAUAUCAGUCAUGGCCCUAUUCAACAACACCACAUACCACCCUAUUACCCUGCCAGUCACCCUACCAGCAACAUGCCGCCUGCUAAGAAGAUGUGUAGGGAUAACAAUGAUCAUCUCUAUCCAAUAGCUGUCUCUUCACUGGCGAUGAAUCAUGUCGAACAGCAUUCUGUGCAUAUACCACCCUCACCCACGGUUUCGUCGAAAGCAUCCACGUCUAGUGGAAUUGAAGUAACGCAGGCCAAGAUGUAUCCAGAACAAAAGAUAGUACAACCUAGGGACAAUGAUAGAAAUAUAACAGUAGCUCGGAACGAUAAAGAAUACUCAGCACGACAGCAGCAACACGGUGAUCCUCGAAAUGUAUAUUCAGGACCCCAUUAUCAACCCGAAAAAUACAGUAUAAAGCCAGUUCUGCAAUUUCGCGACGCCUUUUUCAAGCUAGAACAUGGCGACGAUGACGAGGACGAUGACGAGGACGAUGACGUCGAUGAUGAAGAUGAAGAUGAUGAAAGUGAGGAAGUAGAGGGUGGAACGAAUGCUGCACGGAGAGGGCUCUCUCGUUACUUUAUCCCAAAUAUUCAUCGCUAUUUCCAAGCAGCUUUGGAAGAUGGAAGUUACUUUGAAUCCUAUGAUCAAUAUAAUGCAAGCGAUCUUAUCAAUUUCAGACAUGCAUAUCAGCCACAGCAGCGUACACGCGGACAAUGCCAACGUGAGUUUACUAUUGUUAUGAAGCAAGACAUAGGAAAUAAAAAACUCAUUCCCUAUAUUUUUUUUUUACUUCUAGUCAACGGUGUCUUGUCGGAAAGAAGCCCUAAUGCAAACAUAAACGAGCAAAAGAAGAGUCGACAGGGCGAGAAAGUGAUCAUUGACAUAGAAGAGGAUCCGUCGCCGCCCUUCUUGAACGUAAAUUCAGCAACUGCGCCAGCAUCAAGGACUCAGAACAGCCUACAUCAUCAAGAGGAGAUAAUCUUCAUAGAAGAUAACGUUAUGGAACAAAGGAGUGAGAAUGACGACAUUGGAUAUGGGCGUGCUGGAAGACAAGGCCAAAAGAAGCAGCCCACUUUAAACGUGACUCUAAAGAGAAAACAGGGAGCACGAGGAGGGACGGCAAAACGAGGGAGAGGGAGACCGAGGAAAUACCCAUCCAUGAACGCUGUCAGUUACUAUGAUAAUGCUACUACUGCCACUGCCAUGGGGCUUAUGAAACCCACUUUUACUUGCGCGCAAAACGAGAGGAUAGCAUCAGCAGAAGACGAUGUGAACAAGGAAAAUUGGAGAGAAGCAAACAAGCCAGAAAGGCAAAGAGGUCAACAACUCACAGCUAAAGUAAUACCUCAUGAUGGUGAAACGACUGGCGAGAAAGAGGAGGAGGAUGGUGAUGAUGGUGAUGAUAUGUUAACAGAGGAUGAAUUAGAAAGAGCGGAUGCAUUAAGAUACAUGCAUACGGCUCACCAUUUGAAUGAUACUAAUGCAUUUCAUUAUAGCCGUGCACAAGAAGCCACCAUCACCUCUACAAGUAAAGGAAAGGAGCGGGAACAUGCGACAACGACAAUGAUGACGGGUAGAGGAGGAUCCGAAAGCCCCAGUUGGUCGAGAGCAGGAUCUGUUGAAACAUUUGAUGAAACAUAUGAACUCAUCUCUGAUGAUGAUGAAGAUUCAGAAUCACCCUUUCUAAAGUACAGUAAUAACAAACAGAGUGGCCCUUCCACCACCACCGUCUCUGCAUUCAUUCAACAGCGAAAGCGUUUUUCCAUGUGGGGACAAAAGCGACCUCCUUCUGUGCUACUGACUGAGGGGGCUACGGGCGAAUAUAAAGAGGGUGACGUUGGAAAUACUCUUCAGGACAAAAUACAAAGAAGAGAAGACCGAGAAGAUAGCCAAAACACUGUGCAGUCGUAUUCACAUGAACAGAUAUCGAUCGCUGGAAGGGGUGAAGAAUGCCAACUGACCUACGAGCACCCAGGAAAGUUAAGUAGAAGUAGGAAUAGUAGCGUUACCUCACUUCCAUCGACUACGACUGCAGACACAGAUCGAUCGUCAUUGACGACACAGUCGAAACGAAGGAAGAAAAAACCAGGACUGAACUAUGUGCUACCUUCGGAUGAUUUGAUCUGUAUGGUCUGUCAGCAGCAUGAUAUGCCUCAGAGUACGUGGGAUGCUUAUCGUUUCCCUGAUGACUAUCUGCAAAAAUUGGAAGAAACGAAAGAGACGAGAAGACCCGGCUUUACAGGAAGAGGAACCAGUUGGGAUCCUAGAGUGUACAUUCAAUGUGAGCAAUGUAGUAUCAAGGUACAUUGCGGCUGUGUGCAGCCACCCGUGAAAGGCUAUCCUGUAAAAUACCGCGCCUUCUUAUGCACUGUUUGCGAUGAGAAAGAAAAAAGCGGAAAACAGAUCCCCAUUAUACCAGCUGGUGGCAAAGUGUCAAGACAGAACAUCACCAAAACUUCGAGAAGAUCUGGAGCACACCCUGUUAGCUAUAAGAUGUGAGAAAUGAAUACCCCUCUCCCCUCCUUUACAUGCUUGCCCUUAGCGCAUCAGUAAAGUACUUGUUGUUUACAAUGUAAAAUAAACUUGCAAAAAGGCCGAUGCUAUCUGAAUAGAAGGAUGACCUUUGUGUUUCAACCCAUUCUGUAAGGAACUGGAAGAAGGCUGAGGAUGAAUGAAACUCGUAUCAUUCUACUAACAAACAGUUAUAUCAUGUUACACGUAAACCAAGCUCUUCCAGCACAUUCCUUUUACCUAUUUUUCUUGUUUUUGUUUCUUUUUUUUUUUUUUUUUGCUUUUCUCUUUUUCUU